CUGCGCGUUCCCCCGCCGCGCGUCAGUCGCCCGGCGACCGCUGCUCGUGUAGACAGCCCGCGUUCGCACGCCCGAAAACGUUACUCCAUCAAAAUGACCACUGUUCAGUUCGAAUACGAUCCGGAACGUCUCAUCGAGGAAGUUAAAAAACGCCCGGGUAUAUGGGACUUCGAGAAUUUGGAAUAUAGGACGAAAAAUUUAAGACACAAACUUUGGACGGAGGUCGUCAACGAACUAAUGACCAGCGACGUGAAGGUUUCGAAGAGCGAGAUGAGGGAACUAGAGCUUCAACUACAGAAGAAAUGGAAAAGUAUCAGAGAUUGCUUCCAAAAGUACAUCACACAUCCUAACAGAACAAAACGUCCUUACUUAUAUAGUAAACAAUUACAGUUCCUUUUAAAAAAGCAAAGUGAUCAACCAACAGAGACGGGUUCAAGCGAAUCUGACGACGGCCGGACAAAAAGACGAGCGUGGAGACCUAGGAAAAAACUCAAACUAACCAAGGAGAGUUCCGAAGACGAUAAUGAUGCUGACAACAACGAUGAUUACCACUUGAGUGAAGAUAUAUCCGUAGAAAUACCGCAGAAACAUAACACUUUAAAUAAACCUAACGUAAACGUAAUCGAUGAAUUCGCUUUCGCAAAUGUCGAUACUCCAGUUAGAACUGAAAUGGAAGAUCCGGAUAAACUGUUUCUUCUAUCAUUGCUUCCUCAUUUCAAAUCUAUACCUGAAGAAAUGCGUCUAAACGUCAAAAUGGAUAUGAUGCAAGUGCUGAGAAACGCGAAUUACCAUACAUCUAUAGACCAUAAAAUAAUUUAAGUUUUAUAAUAUAAAUAAUGUAUAUAAAUUUUUAAUAGCAUCAUUUAAGACACAUAUAAUCCUUAAAUAUAUUAUGUUAAUAUAUAUUUUCUAAUUUAAUUGAUUUACUGACCUGAGAUCUAAAUAUGUGAGCGAUUGUAAUCCACCGACUGCAUCUGGUAUACUCCUUAUGAUAUUUUGUGAUAACAAUAAUUUUUCUAAAUAUAUAUACGUUGUCACUUCCUCCGGCAAUUCACUGAACCGAUUUUUUGACAAAUCUGUAACAAGAGAUGCGUUAUAUUAUUAUAAUAUCCACCAGGGGCUUCUUUGUUUAUCGCUGCAACAUGAUUUGUCUGUAAUUUAAUAGUUCUUAUUUUAAAAUAAAAGGAGGCGAAUGGAAAA